AUGCUUCGCCUCAAGGUCGAGGACCGUCCCACGCCCAAGGAGGUCUACAACUGGCGCGUGUACCUCGCCAGCGCCGUCGCCGCCUUCGCAGCCGUGUUCAUCGGCUACGACGGCGCCUUCAUCGGCACGGCUCUGAGCUUUGCCAGCUUCAAGGAGGAGUUUGGGCUUGUCGGCCUGCCUGCGAAGAAGCUCGCCGACAUCAGCGCCAACGUCGUCUCGAGCUACCAGGCAGGAGCAAUCGCGGGCGUUAUCAUCGGUUACCCGGUCGGCAUCUUCCUCGGCCGUCGCUGGGGCCUCAUCGGUGCGGCGAGCGUCUUCAGUAUUGGCGCCGGCAUCAUGCUCGCCGCCAACUCGUCGACCGGGCUCGCGCCCAUCUACGGCGGCCGUGUCCUCGCCGGCGCAGGCAUCGGCGCCGCCUCGAACCUCGCCCCGCUCUACAUCUCGGAGGUCGCGCCACCGGCUGUGCGAGGUCAGAUGCUCGCGCUGUACGAGAUUGGGUGGCAGGUCGGCGCCGUCGUCGGCUUCUGGAUCAACAAGGGCGCUCAGGACAACAUCGCGCCGGGCCACACCCAGUGGCUCCUGUCCUUCGCUGUCCAGCUCGUCCCGUCUGGCAUCUUCCUCGCGGGCCUCGUCUUCCUCGUCGAGAGUCCGAGGUGGCUCAUCCGUCGUGGGCGCCGCGAGGAGGGCCUCAAGAAGCUCUGCUACCUGCGCCAGCUCCCGCUCGACCACGUCUACAUGCGCGAGGAGAUCGAGAUGAUCGACGCCGCCAUCGAGCAGGACGAGCGCGUCCUCGGCACGGGCUUCUGGGCGCCGUUCCGCGUCUUUCGCGACAAGUCGCUCCUGUACCGCCUCCUGCUCACAUGUGCGUUGUUUGCUUGGCAGAACGGAACCGGCAUCAACGCCAUCAACUACUACUCGCCGACGAUCCUGCGCAACAUGGGCAUCACUGGCCAGAACACGUCGCUCCUCACGACCGGCGUGUUCGGCUCGAUCAAGUGCGGCUUGUCCAUCGUGUGGGCGUUCUUCCUCGUCGAGACGAUGGGUCGCAGGAAGAUGCUCAUGAUCGGCGCCGUCGGUUCGUCCCUCGCGAUGCUCGUCAUUGCCGGUAUCACCAAGACGGUGGACCCUGUCGCCAACCCGACGACGUCGGUGCCGCCGUCCGGCAUCGCGAGCCUCGCCUUCCUCUACGUCUGGACGAUCUUCUACGCCGUCAGUUGGAAUGGAAGUCCGUGGGUCGUCGUCGCCGAGUCGUUCUCGGGCUCGAUCCAGCCCGUCGCCCAAGUCUUUGGCGCCGGCUCGAACUGGCUGUGGAACUUUGUCAUCUCGCGUGCGACGCCGACCAUGUUCCUCAACAUGGGCGCGAGCGGCUUCGGCGUCUUUCUCUUCUUUGGCCUGUGCACCGCCGCUGCCGUGCCCUACGUCUACUUCCUCCUUCCCGAGACGAAGAGUGUCCCCCGCGAGGAGGUCGACCGCCUGUUCCGCAAAGGCCUCACGCCGCGCCACGCCAACAAGAUCGUCCUCGCCGAGCUCGCCGCCGAGCGCGAGGGACACACGGGCGCGUACGCCGGCGGGCAGGGCCACGGCUCGAGCGGGCUCGGCUCCGAGAAGGACAAGGGCGAGGAGGAGUUCUUCGAGGGCGCGAGGUCGCCGGCCUGA